AUGUGGCCGUUCUGUUGCUCAUUGCUUCCGAGAUCAUGGCUCAUCAUUUCCAUUUUUGGCGUCUUCACGACCCAGAGUACAGCGGCGGGCGUUUCCCUUGACAUCGCUGAUCCAGGUAAGUGCUUUAUAUCCUCGACCGGAUAUCUUGCGAUACGUCUGCUAACAUUGAGCGAAGCCUCGAUCAAAUCCGCAGCAAGUCAAAUAGCUUUCGACCUCGUUACCUUUUACACGGGCAACAACACAGGCGAUACACCCGGCAAUCUGCCAGAUCCAUACUACUGGUGGGAAGCAGGUGCUUUCUUUGGUGCACUAGUCAACUACUGGUCAUACACCGGUGACUCGAUAUACAACGACAUCACUAAACAAGCCAUGAUCCAUCAGGCCGGCAAAAAAGGCGACUUCAUGCCCGAAAACCAAACAUACACAGAAGGGAACGACGAUCAAUGCUUUUGGGCUCUAAGCGCUAUGAUAGCCGCCGAACGAAACUUCCCCGCCCCAUCAUCUCCAACACCGGGCUGGCUCGCAAUGGUCCAAGCUGUCUUUAACGAGCAGGCUCAUCGAUGGGAUACAUCUGCUUGCGGUGGUGGUCUACGAUGGCAAAUCUACACCUGGAACAGCGGAUACCUAUACAGAAACAGUAUUGCGAACGGAUGUUUCUUCGACAUCGCCUCUCGGCUGGCCCGAUACACGGGCAAUGAAACGUAUGCGAAAUGGGCGACGAAAGCAUGGGACUGGACGCAGAUGAUUGGUCUAAUUGGGACGGAAUACGAGAUCUUCGACGGUGUUACAGAUGUCGAUAACUGUACUUCCCACGACCAUAAUAGAUGGUCGUACAAUGCUGGUGUUUGGCUACACGGCGCAUCAGUGAUGUACAACUACACCACAGAGCAAGGAUCCAAUAUAUCCUCGACUUGGCGAGAACGAACAGAUUCACUCCUGGACGCUACGGGCCAUUUCUUUCCCAAGAAUGAUAUCAUGUUCGAGCACAAUUGCGAGGCGAGUGGGAGUUGCAACGUGGAUCAGUUGUCUUUCAAAGCAUAUCUGAGUCGCUGGCUGGCUGAGGUUACGCAGUAUGCGCCUUAUACGUAUGACUCUAUAAUGGGGAAACUUCGGGCUACUGCCGUUGCGGCUGUUGCACAGUGUCAGGGCGGUGAUACGGGGACAUUCUGUGGUCAUAAGUGGAAUACGGGGGUCUACGACGGUACGAAGGGGGUUGGACAGCAGAUGGGUGUGCUGGAGGUACUUCAGGGACUGCUGGCUGCUGAUGUUGGUGGUGCUUUGACUUCCUCGACUGGUGGUGAGAGUGAAGGGAAUAGUGCUGCUGGUACUGGGGAUGAUGAGACGAAGGCAGAGUUGCCGGUUAUGCAUAUUGACAACGGUGAUCGAGCAGGUGCGGCUAUAGUGACUGCGAUAUUUGUUACUUUUAUUGCUUGGGCGGUUUACGGAAUGCUUUCUUGA